CUGCCGUUUUCCUCUCAUCCAAGAUGAAAGAUAUUCCAGCAAACUUUACCAGUGCAUUGGUCCCUUUUGCUGCCGCCUCCCUGGACUGCCUGGAGAAUGGAAGAAGCAGUGCAAAUGAGGACCCGUCACAAUCGUGUAUUUUGUCAGGUGUAAUGAAAAGUGGCAGAUUAGCCUGGAUCGCAAGAGGAGAUGCCUUGGAAGUUAUAAACAUUGCCACAGGAGCCAGAAAGGCGGCUUGGAAAUUUGGCGCUCUUCUUCAAGAAGAAAGAAAUCCCACAAUCACCUGCGUAGCAGAAUACAGCUACGCUAAUGCUCCAAAGCUUCUGAUUGGUUUAGAAACAGGGGCGCAUGCUGGGAUGCUGUGCAUGUUCGACGUUAAGACGUCCAAAGUUGUGAAAGCUGUGGACUUUAUGCACAAGGUGACAGCAGUAGAACCUGUAACCAAUGUCCUGGCCACUGAGGCCCCCCUGCAAGUGCUGUCGGAACACCUUAGAUGUUUCUGUGGAGUGGUUGCUGUGGGAACACAAUAUGGCCACCUGUAUUUGAUUGAUAUGUGUCUUGAUGAUGCACAUGAUGAUUCUGAUGAGCUUCUGCCGCAUGCACUACAUGUGUUUACGACCAAGGCACGUGACGUGAUGAGACGCAGAGAUGAUGCACUGACAAGAGGAGAGAUUCUGGCACUACAUCUCAAUAAUAAUGCUCAAGUCAGAGGGACAUUCCAAUAUGUCCAACCUGAUGGAGAGUUGCUAGAGUCCUACAUUGCAGAGGAGGUAUUUGUGACCAGCCUGAAGUUUGUUCACCCUAUAGGUACUCUGAUCGUGGGAUUUAACUUUGGUUGUUUCCAGAUGUGGAGGCUUUAUGAACCUGUACUAGAUUUUAGCUCCAAGUUAGACAUUGACGAUGUGUGCCCCAUAACACACUUUGCCUACCAAGAACCAGAAAAUGAUCCACGGAACUUCUGCUACCUUUGGGUUGCAAGAGGACCUCUGCCGUCUGAUGCAGGGCAGGACAUUGUCAGUACAGUCCACCACGAGGUGAUCUUCGACGUGGACAUGGCGCCGGCGAAGGCUCUUUCUCAGCUUGUUUGGAGAGGUCCCAUUGGUCUUGUGGAGCCAUUUGAAGUGUUCAAUUCCUGCCUGGGUGCUGGACUUUUACCCAAGAAUGUCGAGCUGGCCGCUAGUAACUUGACUGCACAAGCACAGAGAGAAAACUUGCUGUCUGUUGCCCUUAACCAUGGUGCCGCAGGGUUCAUUACAUCGUGUGUCUCCCAGUUUGCAGAAGGAGAGUUUGUUCAUGCAGGAUGCACCUUGCGGUUUAUUCUGGACUGGGCUUGGGGCAAAGUGGCGCAAGUGAAAGACUCAUUGGACAAAUUGUGUGUGCCUUUGUAUGACUGUUCGGGGAUGCCCUUAGAGCAGCAGGGGCUCCAGUUGUUCCACCAGCACCAGCUCCAACUGACCAACCUGCAGACCAUUGUCCAGGUGCUGAUGACCAACUCUGGACCCUCUACUAGCCAAGGUCUUGGUGACUUGGACAUGAAGUUUAGGGUGGUGACACUGAUAAACCAGUUCUACCAGGCUGUGUCUUGGUGCCUUAGUAACAACUUACUGCCAGAGUUUGAUGAAGCAGAGUCUCCCCCUAGUGGCCAAUACUGUUACCCUGCCUCCGUCCUCAGCCACGAGUACCAGACCAGGCGACAGCAGAUUAGCAGACUGCACAGGUAG